CAACAGAUUAAGAAAAAUUAGGAACCGAAAUGGCCAGCAUACAAACAUGAAAAUUACCAGGAUCUAUUAGAAGAACCAUUUCAAAAACAGACAUUCGUCAAAGAUUACAGGAUUCAGAGGAUCGUCAAACCGGAGAAAACGAGAAAACCGAAGGUCGUCCAACUGAUAACAAGCUAGAAAAGAAAUUUUUUCUUUAUCGGACAAUACCAACGUUUUAGGCUAAGUUCAUCGGCUUCAACAAAUGGAUAUUUUGCAUACAUUGUAUAGGUUAUCCUUUCUACGUUUCUCAUUGCCGUUUAGUAUUGAAGUAUACAACGGGUUCGCUUAUAACAUUGGAACAUAAUUGCAUUCACAACAGUCUUAAAAGCCAAAUUUUGAUUUUUGAAUUAAAAUUGUUUUUAAACUUGAAAAAUAUUUUGAAAUGAAAGAAUAUCAUCUGCCAGAUAAAAAAAUUGAGGCUCCAUGCAAAUUAAUGAUGCGAGUCUCCCAUCGACGGUGAUUACGAAGAAAGUUACGAUCCUGUUACGCAAGACACAGAGGAGAGUUAUUCGGGAAAGAAGAAAGAAAAUAUUUGAUGUUUGAUAUUAUGAAUAAAAAUUGUGAUAGUGAAGUUAAUAUAGUGUGAUAUCUACCUACAUAUCUGGAGUUGUGAUCAUCGUAGUUUCCUUCUUCGACUAUUUUGUGCUCGAACAGAAAUCGAUUGGUGGUACAUUAAGAAUAUUAUCAGAUGUGCUGAUACUUAGCUAUUGGGCAGUUUGGAUGUAAGGCCUUUACCACCAUGGUGAAAACUUUCCAGGCUUAUUUGCCCAACUGCCACCGCACGUAUAGUUGCAUUCAUUGUCGUGCCCAUUUAGCUAAUCACGAUGAACUUAUCUCCAAGUCUUUUCAAGGCAGUCAAGGAAGAGCAUACUUAUUUAAUUCUGUAGUAAAUGUUGGAUGCGGACCAGCGGAAGAACGCGUUCUACUUACAGGAUUACAUGCUGUUGCAGACAUAUAUUGCGAAUGUUGUAAAACCACUCUCGGCUGGAAAUACGAACAUGCCUUUGAAUCCAGUCAGAAAUAUAAAGAAGGCAAAUUCAUCAUCGAGUUGGCCCACAUGAUAAAGGAGAACGGUUGGGACUAGACAUGGAAGACGAUCAACCGACGACAGGUUUCUACCAUGGAAUAUCAUUGGAUUUGCAGAAACGGUUACGUUAAAGACAAUAGGAUUAAUUCCGGUAAAAAAAGGACGGUCUGUUACGACUGUGUUCUCUCUACCGUCGCCGAUAGUGAAAAAAGACGACUCGACUACCAGCCUUCAUCUCUCGACGUAUCGACGUUACUUUGUUUUUUCUAUGGAAGACGACCGUAAGUUGAUGAUAUGUUACGCGGGCGCACGCCGCCCUCUCAUCAUCGUCAUCAUCCGACUGUACUCUGCGUGCGAUUCCUGAUACUUAAUACGAAGCUAAGCCGUACUGUUUUCUCGCUCGGCGCGUUACGCCGCCUUUUCCGUAACGGGGGACGGGUAACGGUACACGAGCUACGACCUAGUCAUUUAAUUUUUAAAAGACUGAAUUUAUUUUUUUAAAUCACUACUAUUUCUCUUAUUUUUUUAAAUUUCCGCAAGAAAAACAAACAAACAAAAAAAAAAGAAAACAACCGACAAGGAAGGCUGUAGCUGGGUAUCACACGCUGUAAAAAUCAUCACUUACGACAACUUUUCACUCACCAUACUUUGUACAUUCAUGACUUUUUGUACCAUUAUUUUUUUUCGCUUUUUAGCCUCCAUGCUUAGGUAUAAUCAUACAUUAACAAUAGUUGGCCCGUCUGGAGCGCGUCGACUUCGUUUCGCUUUUUAAAUUCUUCUAGUACUUGUGACGUAACUCUUCUUCUCGUUCAGGACGUAACAGAAAACAAUACUUUGUAGCGUGGUCUUUCCUUUUUACUAUCUUCGGAUUUUAAUUCAUCUCGUAUCCUAAGUGUCCUUUCAAAAAAAAAAAACAAAAAAAGUUUCGUGUGGUAUAGUGGCAUUCCAAAACUAUUUUGCUUAGGAGUCGAUUAAUCUGUACAUUAAAAAACACACGGCGGCGUCUUUACGCAAAUGGGCGUUUCUUUUGUUUCAUUGUCUUAGACUUAAAACAAAGAAAAAACUUUAUCUUCCAGUUGCUGCAAAGUUACAUAGAAACAUCAGUGAUCAAACAUUAUCAGGCUACUAGUCCAAACACGUGAUAAAUAGAAGGCAAACGUAACGGGAAAAAACAAGUAUAUAUACAUAUAUACAUAUAUAUAUAAAUGAUGUUAUAAUAAUACAUAAAUUUAAGCGUAAUUCUUUGCAGCUUUCAUUAUUCACAUCACACCACUCCGAUAGACAUUUGUUCGUUGCAUUUCAAAUAUCUAUUUGGGAUUUUAAUGUAUCGUAUCGCAACUUAGGCAGCAGUCGGUUGCGGGGAGGCGUUUCACACGGUAGAAAAACGGCGAGGGGUUCAGACGCAAUUAAAACACGAAAUUUAAAAAAUAAAUAAAUAAGAAAAAUGGGGAACGUAAAACUUUCCAAAAGGUACUUAGGGGGUAUUUAUCACGUUAUUAUUAUCAUCAUCAUGCAUGCAACCGUGCAGGUCACACGUGCAUGAGAUGUGUGGGGGCUUCGUAACAUUUAUUUUCUGUUAAUGCUGGCCAAUAGCAGAUAUCGUUCGAAAAUCGUUUCAAAUGUGGUGGCGUUGUUGUUGUUGUUGCACGAGGAGUAUUAUCGGUUUCCUCUUCCGAUCCGCGACCCCCCCACCCAACCCGUGCGCUUUUCCCGCAACCGACAGCGUCGUGCCAAUUUAUUGUAUUUAAAAAAAUAAUCCGAAUAAUAUACCAUUUGCACUAGUUUUUUCUCCCCCCCCCGUGUAAAUAGGAGCGAGGUGGUAAGAAAGGGUGUCUAAACAUGUAUUGUUUCUUAAUAGUAGCGAGAGUGUAUUUUCUCAAUAGUGAUGUUUUUAAUAUUCCGAGAAACAAAGGGAAAAUAAUAAUAAUAAUCUAUCCUGUAAAGUGAAGCGUUUGAAAUGAUCUACAGAUAAACGUAUCCCGAUAUAAAACUCUCCCCCCCCCUUCUGGAAUGUAACAAAAUAUGACUAUUGACGAAACACUAGAAAAAAAAAAAAAUAAUAAUAAUAAUACUUUUAUCUGUGGAUCAGAUCUCAGGUGUUUAUUUAAAUUUUGUUUGUUCGUCUUAUUAUUUUGUACAGUUUAAUUUAGUAAAAAUGCAGGAGUCAAUGCAAAGAGCACUCGUAACAUGUACAGCCUGUUUCCGUUUCCGGCCGAGCCUAAGUUCCGAGCAAAGAAAAAAAUAAUAAUAAUAACGAAAAAAAGUUUCCUUAAAAAUUUGCCCGCGUGACCGGUCCCGGGAGUAUGCGUGUUGUGUGUUAACGAAAAACACACGAUAAUUCCAAUCAGUGUUACGUGUAGUGUUUAUCAUUAAGUGUGUGUGUAUGUACUGUACGUCGGAGGGGGGGAAGGCAAGCGAGGGAAGACGGCACUUUUUUCCUACGCGUUUCGUUUCCUUCCCCCCUCCCCGGUUUAUUUCUUUUAUCGUUUUUUUUUUAAGGGAGAAAUUUAGGGCUUUUUACGUGUGUACAGUGUCGUAUAUAUAAUUAUCGAUUUAUGAUUUGGUGUUUUUUAUCCAUUCUUAAGAAUCGGUUGUGUGACGUGAGGUCGCGACCGGCGAGGGGUCGCCUAUAAAAAAUACUAAAUAAAACGAAUUUAAGUUAAAUAUAUUUAUUUGUAUCGAAUGUCUCUAGCCUUACGACUUGUGCUUCCUUUUGUUUUCUAAAUAAAGCUUAAUUUUUC